AUGAAGCGACCUCGCAUGACGUACUCUUUCGACGUGGCCAGGAGACACCUGGAAGAGGCAGAUGUGCGAUUCAAGAGCAUGUUCUCCACAGUCGACAUGACUAGAUUCAAGCCUUUCUUGGCAGCCGCUCAAGAAGGUGCACCUGAGCCGGCUAUCUCACAAGACGAUGACCAGUGGAACAUGAUCUCGGGCAAUGACGAUGCAGAGGUUCAGCAAGAUCGAGCGAACGGAGUGGAAGAGAUUGAUCUAUUCAGGUGUGUGAGAGCGACACGCCCGUCUGUGUGUCAUGGGCUCAUCGAGGCAAUCGUCCACGUAGAACAAUGACGACGUCCAUCAUCGGACAGCAAAUUUCGUGGAAAGCUGCCAAGGCUGUCAUUUGGCGUUUCUGCUCCAUCUUCCACCCUGAGCUCGGCCAAGCGCCUUCUGAUCGAGAGCAGUUCAAAUCCCAGCUCGUCUUUCCGGCUCCUCUGCAGGUCUUGUCAGAGGAUCCUCGCAAAUAUAGAGGUGCCGGCCUGAGUGAAGCCAAAGCUCGAUCGGUCGUCGACGUCGCAAGAAGAUUCGCUGAUGGACGUCUCAACGUUAGGAGAUUAUCCGCUGCUAGCACUGAAGGGUGCACCGAAGAACUCGUCGAAGCUAGAGGUGUGGGACCUUGGACCGCGCACAUGGUCCAGCUUUUCGCUCUUCGGGAACCAGACGUGCUGCCAGUUGGUAAGUGUCUGGCACUCGACUUGGCAAGUUUCGUGCUGAAUGUCUGUCUCCUGUCCUAAUGCAGGUGACCUUGCGGUGCAACGAGGCAUGGUGGAGUUCUUUCUCUCAGAUCGCAGAGGACCGAAAAUCGCAAGAAAAGAAGGAGGGAUAUACGAGCGGGACUCGCCGCCCCCGGACAUCUAUACUCGAGAAAUUCCCUUCCAUCCGGCCGGGAUCAGCCACGAGUUCCUGCGCUCUCGGCGGAGCUUAGAAUUCAAAAAGCGCAAAUACUUUUUGUCGUGAGUUGGGGCGUGUCGCACACUCCCUGCCAAGCUCUCCAAGCUUAUAGACCCAUCACCUUCUGCCGAGCUGCAGGCCUGAGCAGAUGGAGCUCCUCACAGAGACUUGGCGACCUUACCGAAGUGUCGGCGCUUUGCUAAUGUGGUGAGUGUAUACUCCAGAUCCUACCUCCUGAGGUGCAUGCGGGCUAAGAAGUCUUGCCUUCCGCCCUUCUCCACCAGGUGCGUGGUGGAUGAGGCAGGCAAGAAGCCAGCCCCGAAACCUCAGCCGAAGGUAGAGCCUGUCCUGGAGCCGGCUUCGAAAGAGAAUGCUGCUGUCAUCAACGACCAAUGA